UCGCAGUGGGCCUCAAGCAUAUUUUCUCCUCUCUCUGUAUCUUAACACAACCAGUCUCUCAGACUCACCAGAUUCAAACCGGACAUUGAUUCCAGUUUCCUACAGUGAUGGAGGAGUGCUCGACGGGGCCUUCCGUGCCGGCGGUGAAGCUGGAGGUCAGAACUCCACCGCAUGUUGAUCCGGUUGAUGUAGGUCCACCGUCUUCGGCGGAGACGGACAAGGACUAUUCGUGCCCGAUUUGUAUGCAGAUCAUCAAGGACGCGUUCCUCACGGCGUGCGGUCACAGCUUCUGCUACCUCUGCAUCGUCACUCACCUCCGCAACAAGAGCGAUUGCCCUUGCUGUGGCCGUUACCUCACCAAUAACCAGCUGUUCCCUAAUUUCCUCCUCGACAAGCUAUUGAAGAAGAUAUCUGCUCACCAAAAAUUGAACACUGCAUCCCCUGUAGAACAAUUUUGUCAGGCGUUGCAACAGGGCUGUGAGGUGUCAGUUAAGGAGAUAGAUGCUCUUCUGCCACUGCUUGCAGAGAAAAAGAGAAAAUUAGAGCAAGAAGAAGCUGAGAGAAAUAUGCAAAUCUUAUUGGACUUCUUGCACUGCCUAAGGAAACAGAAGGUUGAUGAGCUAAAUGAGAUACAAAAUGACCUCCAGUUUAUUAAGGAGGACAUAAAUGCAGUGGAGAGACAUAGAAUUGACUUGUAUCGGGCAAGGGACAGGUAUUCAGUGAAGCUGCGAAUGCUUCCUGAUGAUUCUACAUCAGCAAAAGCUUGGUCUUCAUCAGUAGACAAAAAUAAUGGCAAUCUUAUUUCCAGUUCUUGUAAUGCAAAAGGAGGUAUGGGUAUGGGAAGUCUUCAGUACAAGAAAGUGGAUGGAAAGGUUCAAGUAAGCACUACUGCUCCCCAGCGAAAGGAUAGUCUGAGUGGACUGGGUUCGGAACAUUUGAGUCAAUCUGGCCUUGCUGUUGCAAAGAAAAAGCGUGUGCAGGCACAGUUCAAUGACCUACAAGAAUGUUACUUACAAAAGCGACGUCAGCCGGCAAACAAGCCAGAUAAGCAGGAAGAAGGGGAUAAAGAUGUCAUAUAUAGGGAAGGUUAUACUGCUGGUCUUUCUGAAUUUCAAUCUGUGUUGACUACCUUCUCGCAAUACAGUCGACUUAGGGUCAUUGCGGAACUUAGGCAUGAGGAUCUUUUUCAUUCUGCCAAUAUUGUAUCAAGCAUUGAAUUUGACCGUGAUGACGAGUUGUUUGCAACUGCUGGUGUUUCGAAACGCAUAAAGGUUUUUGACUUUUCUACAGUCGUAAAUGAGCCUGCAGAUGUACACUGUCCUGUUGUGGAAAUGUCAACACGAUCGAAGCUUAGUUGCUUAAGUUGGAACAAGUUUACCAAGAACCAUAUUGCCAGCAGUGAUUAUGAGGGAAUAGUAACUGUUUGGGAUGUUACAACACGACAGAGUGUCAUGGAAUAUGAGGAACAUGAGAAACGAGCAUGGAGUGUUGAUUUUUCACGCACGGAACCCUCGAUGCUUGUGUCUGGAAGUGAUGAUUGCAAGGUCAAAGUAUGGUGCACAAAGCAGGAAGCCAGUGUUCUUAACAUUGACAUGAAAGCUAAUAUUUGCAGUGUCAAGUACAAUCCUGGAUCUAGCAUUUAUGUCGCGGUUGGAUCUGCAGAUCACCAUAUCCACUAUUAUGAUUUAAGAAAUACUAGCAAUCCACUCCAUGUGUUCAGUGGACACAAGAAGACCGUUUCCUAUGUGAAAUUUCUGUCAAAUGAUGAACUUGCUUCUGCAUCUACUGACAGCACCUUACGUUUGUGGGAUGUGAAGGAAAAUUUACCGGUUUGUACCUUCAGGGGCCAUACGAAUGAGAAGAAUUUUGUCGGUCUUGCUGUCAACAACCGACAUAUAGCUUGUGGAAGUGAAACAAAUGAAGUAUUUGUUUAUCAUAAGGCUAUCUCAAGACCUGUGACUUGGCACAGAUUCGGUUCGCCGAUUGUAGAUGAAACCGAUGAAGAUUCUGGAUCUUACUUCAUCAGUGCCGUAUGCUGGAAGAACGAUAGCCCAACCAUGUUGGCUGCCAACAGUCAAGGCACUAUUAAAGUGCUGGUGCUCGCAGCUUGAACUGCAUGUAUAUUCAUCAAAAUCUAUAGAGAGUAUUAAAUUCAAGAGCCAAUGUGGUAAGGAAUUUCAUUGUUUUAGAACAUGGUAAUUAUUUUUGUACAUAUUGAUUUCGACGAAGUUGAACUUGAACGAGGAAAGAGGGAAAGAUGAAGGGCUAAAAUGUUUUAGCCUUAAUUUUCUUCUAGUUAUUUUGGGGGAGAUUGGUGAGUGGUUAAUGUGAGCGUAAAAUUAAUGGUCCCAUAGGUUUUGAUCAAAUGUAUUAAUUUCUUUGGAGUCUCAAAUGUAUCUCUCUUAUUGGUGAGUGGUUAAUGUGAGUGUAAAACUAAUGGUCCCAUAGGUUUUCAUCAAAUGUAUUCAUUUCUUCGGAGUCUCAAAUGUAUUUCUCUUAUGUGGAGUGGUGAGGGUUUGUGGGAUCAAUCCUAUGAUCUGUCCUGUCCUGUUGUGUCAUGUUGUGUUGUGUUAUCAACUUGAACUUGGUGCAUAUAUUAAAUUAUUUAGGAGUUGUUCUCUUCA